UGCCAUCUUGUAUAUGAUGAGCCAAAUAUAAACUAUUUGAUGCUACAAUUAAAAUGCAGAGUUAUCAUAGGUUUAAGUGACUGAAUGUGAACCUCAGAGCCGCGUAACUGCGCCCAGGCAAUGUUUUAUCUUUGCUUCGCUUAGUUUUUUUUGUGUGUGGCACAAAUCAAGUGAAAUAUUUGACUCUUCCUCGAUUGUGCGUGCACAUAAUCUGUCUCUCUCUAGUCUCCAGUUCACGAUCAAUAUCAGUAUCUAUGUAAACAAGUUUCCGUUUAUUUUAGUUCAUCACCAUCAGCAAAAUGUUACAAUACAGAUUUACAUUUUACGCAAUGAAUUACCAACUGAGAAUUGACUAGAAAGGAAAGCAUUUUGGAAAAGAGUGGAUUGGAAAGACGCUCCAAUGUCAUCUUUGACAGAAAAUAAGACACGUACAGUUUGCUUGUUUCCAAAGAGCCCAUCCUUUUCCUGGGCAACAGUAAGAGAUACCCAACAUCAUCAUCAUCAUCAUCAUCUCCUUAAGGCCGUGGUCUACUGUGGGUUACUGCUAAAUAAAGGGUUUACUUACUCUAGUUGAGUCUAUGUGGUAAACAACUGCCUUGAUAGUUUUUCUUUAUCUAUUUUGAUUAAAUAAGGAAAUCACCAACGUAGGCUAGUCUGAGCCAUUUUCGUUGUGCCAAUGCCAGGCUUUCCAUUGGUUCCUGUUUACAUGAUGCCCACAGGAGACGCGGUGAUUGGUGGUGGUUUACACGUGACCAGACAACUUUGUACAUUUGACAGAGAGUAGGAGGGUUUUGUGGAGAUCAGAAUAACGACAGAGCGAUAAAAAUUAGUAUUGUUGCACUUCACAAAUUAAUGAUCAUGAGUUCAUACUUGAUAAACUCGAACUAUAUCGAACCUUCCUUUCCUCCAUGCGACGAAUAUCAACAGAACGGAUACAUCCCCGCCCCUACUGAGUACUACGAACGGCCAAAAGAUUCGGGCUUUCCCCAUCACGACGAGGCGUCCUAUCCGAGGUCAAACUACACAGAACCGAGCUACGACUACAGUAAUGUCCCCAACAACGGUCUCGACGAUUUCACCGACAGGCAUCACGCACAGGCUCACCCCGUUGCCCAGAACCAUGGCCCUCGCCUCAACCCAGUCCCAGACAGCGGUGCCGUGGCGGACGUGAGCAAAGACUGCAGCCUCGCCACUGAGUCUUAUUCCAGCGCACAGAAGGGAAAGGAAGUGCCUGUGGUCUACCCCUGGAUGAAGAAGGUCCAUGUUGUCAAUGCUACUUACAAUGGAGGAGUGCCCAAGAGGUCUCGCACUGCCUACACCCGCCAGCAGGCUCUCGAGCUGGAGAAAGAAUUCCACUUCAACCGCUACCUGACCCGACGCAGGCGCGUGGAGAUCGCGCACACGAUGUGCCUGACCGAGCGUCAGGUGAAGAUCUGGUUCCAGAACAGAAGGAUGAAGUGGAAGAAAGAUCACAAGCUGCCGAACACAAAGAUCCGCUCCGCGAGCUCAGCCUCGUCCUUGGGAGCACAGCAGCAGCAACAACAGAAAAUCAAAACAGCCACGCACCAGCAGCUUGUUCCCACGCCUUGCACCGCGAGCCUAUAGUGAUGGAACCCUCGCGCCAAACCAACAGACUGAGAACAGAACACAGAAACUGAAUUUUGUGGCCCGAUUCUCGAGUAUGGCCCCCAUGGUAUUAACCCAUUCCCUUGGCCCUUGGGCCUGUCGCGUCCUUUCAAAACCAUUUCCCCUCUCAACCUCCUCUUUCUGUUUGUUCACUCUCUCCUCAUUAUGGAGCUCGAAAUCCGCCACGUACUGCCCAAGAUGGCAACUGAAAUGUAUGUACUUGUUUAUUAAAACAGAAGGUUAACGCACAUUCAAAUGCACCACAGGACUUUGGAUUAUAUGUAUCAUUGCAUAGAAUAAAAAGAAAGAGACUGAGACGAUAGAUAUGUGAGGCCGCGUUUUUCUUUUUCUUCUAUGCAAUGUUUUUGUUUAUUCUCGUGGAAAGUUUUAAUAUACUUGAAAGAAUGACGAUGUUUUAGGAAAACUCGAGAGCCCGGUCUGAGACCUAUCACGAGGUUUAGAAUGGGACAGGGUCGUAGUUAGGGUUUAGCUCGUGAUGUGUGAAUGAGUUGGUUUACUGUUGAAUGUGUUAUUAAGUCGUGCAAUGUCCAGGUGACUUUCAACCCUAAUGUACAUAGACAAAUCAUAGCGAAGGCACAAUACUGAAUCCAUUUUGUUGGCUAAAAAAAGACGACCUCGUUUGUUUGUUCGUGUAGUAGUGUAGACUCGUUUUAUCUGUGAUAGUGUGUCCCUAUUUUGUGGUGUGAUCUAAACUGUGAAUAUUUGUAUAUGUUGUUUGAUUAAUGGACGGUGUAAUAAUGUAUUGUAGUUUAGGCACAUGCAAGAAACGUUUCCCGUGAAAUAAAUAUGUACUUCAAUUGUA